AGGUCUCCAUUGACUUGGAUCCUGCCUUACGUGCUGAGAGCACUAUAAGCACACGAUAUGAGCAGAAAAGAGUACGUGUACCUUUCUGUGCAUUUUGAACAGGAACCACGCACCAAAGCCUUGUGCUAGGAAUUUACGCUUCUGUAGUCGUCAUAGCAUUUGCUCAGACAUCUGUUGUUAAUAGUCUCCUGAUGACUGAUUCUGGUACACAGGGCCAGCCUAGGUGGAGAAGGUCUGGUUGUCAACAUUCUUUCCACCAAGUCAAGACUUGGCAUGAAAGAACGUAAUUUUUUGCCUUCCUAAUUCCUUUCCUCUACCUUAAACAGACCAGGUGAAGGAUCGCAACCACAUCUAAUCUUCCCUAGAGACAAGAGAACCCUAUAUUCCGCGGGCAGACACUGGACUGAGACUAGCAAGACAGAAGAGUCUUGUCUCUUGUCACCGGUUGGGCCUGACCCUCCAAACCAAAGUCUGUCCUGUGGGCUCCCUGAAUGAAGAUCAGAACCAGAAGCCCUUCCUCCUGGCUCCAGUGUGGUUGGAACCACGUCUGUGGGAUUGAGUUUCCAAGGAUACUUUCUGCCAAGUGCAAAGAUGGGAGUCCAGCGGAGGAGACUCUGGUGACUUCUAAGCACAGGCAGGACCCGGAGGCCUGACCUUCGUGCUCCUACCGCCUGGGUGCUCUCCCGGGACGCUCAGGUCAGGCAGAAGCAGCCUGCGACCCAGCUUCUUCGAGGGUAUCUUGCGCCUGGUGGAGCUGCCUGGGAGAGGCAGAGGCAGAGACAGUCCUGGGGAACCUGGUUGCUGUCGGGGCAGGGGCAUUUGCUCAGGAAAUGUGGAACUGGCCAAGAGAGUCAGUCUCCAACAUCCUCUCACGUUGUCGCCAGAGCCCUUAGAUCCUGAAUUUGGAACCCAGACUAGGACGGUGCACCAGCUGCCCCGUGGGCAAGGAGCUCUGGGCUCCGGUUUAUGGCAGCCGCACGGACACCGGUCCAAGCCACCCGCCUGCUGCACCGCGACGAGAGCCCCCCAGCAGCCCGCUUCCCGCGGCCGCUGGGCUCUGACCCCCUCGCGCCCCCGCGCGUCCAUCUCUGUUCCCAGCGCGGUGCAAGUGAUGUAAGGCGGCCAGGCUCGCGCGCUUUCCUCCUGCCCGGACGGAGUCCUCCCUCCCCGCCGGCAGCGCCGCGCGCCCACUCCGAUCCGCUGCGCCCAGGCUCCGCUUCUAGAGCUCUGGCUACCUACUCGCAGCGGCUGGGAAAGACCCUCCUCCUCUAACCCAUCUCCCUCCUCCCCUCCUCGUCCCCCCCCCCCUCCUGUGCAGUGUCGGUGGGGAAAAACCAGGCUUGGCUCUCGGAAUCCAAGAAGAGAACAGAGGGACAGCCCAUACAAAGCUUUCUGGAGACACUGAGAGGUGGCAGGAGCCUUCAGAAAAAAAAGCAAAAGGGUACUACUCCCUGGCUACCAGGCAGCCCCAAGCUGGAUGGAGUGAAAGAUGCGGCCUGAUGACAUAAAUCCGAGGACUGGGCUGGUGGUGGCCCUGGUCAGUGUUUUCCUGGUCUUUGGUUUCAUGUUCACUGUCUCUGGCAUGAAGGGGGAAACUCUGGGGAACAUCCCUCUGUUGGCCAUCGGGCCAGCCAUCUGCCUACCAGGCAUCGCCGCCAUUGCUCUGGCCAGGAAAACCGAAGGCUGCACCAAGUGGCCAGAGAAUGAGCUACUCUGGGUCCGCAAGUUACCCUGCUUCCGGAAGCCCAAGGACAAGGAAGUGGUGGAACUCCUGAGGACCCCAUCAGACCUGGAGUCAGGCAAAGGGAGCUCGGAUGAACUGGCUAAGAAGGCAGGCCUCAGAGGCAAGCAGCUCCCACAGGGACCAGGUGAGGUGCCUAUGGCCAGCUCCGUUACUACCCCCACUCCUACAGAGGAAGGAGAAUGCCAGAGUCUAGUCCAGAGUGGGCGGCAGGAAGAGACAUCCAGAUACCUGGAUGGCUAUUGCCCCUCGGCCAGUUCCCUCGCCUACAGUGCCUUGGAUGCCAAGUGCUCAGCCUGGGACAGAUCUGACCGCCCUGAGCCCGAGGACAGCAUCUUCUUUGUGCCCCAGGACAGUAUCAUCGUUUGCUCCUACAAGCAAAACAGCCCCUAUGACAGAUACUGUUGCUACAUCAACCAGAGCCAAGGCAGGUGGGACCACGAGACAAUAGUCUGACCUGUUCAUACAAGGGUCCCAUGUUGACAGACACAUUGCUAUACUCAGCUCCCAAGGAAAGAGAAUCUGUGCUCCAACAGCCUUCACACUGUUAGAAACUGGCACGGUAUGUGAUGGGGGUGCAGACCUCUGGUGCCUGAUACUCAUGUAAAUAGGCAUGUUGGGGGCAUAGUUUAGGGAAGUACGGAGAAUUAAGGACACUGGGAAGAGACAGUAAACAGGAAGAAAGUUCCAUUUGCUUCUGAACAAAUUAAACAAUGUUGAUUGCUUUGUAAAACAGCCCAAAAAGUGCUUGCUGUCAGGUAAAUCUAGGGAGCGUUAGCUGCUAGGGGUCAAAUGAUGCAGGGGCUAUUCACACAGAAACCGGCUGCUUUGUGUUUGAAGAACAUGAAGGAAAAUUGUAUGUUCCUUUAUAUGGUUUGGUUUUUGUUUUGCUUUGUUUUUUUGCCUGAUGAUAGCUUUUCACACAUGGUAAUUGUUGAAAGACAUAAAAAUCAAGAUAGAAUAGGUGAAUCCUCCUGAUAUGGGAUGGGUUUUGGAGUGAGGGUAGUUAAAAUUGUUGAAAUGUAUAAUUGAAUCCCGACAAGAUCAUGGUUUCAAAUAAAGUGUUGAUUAUGCUAUGUGAAACAUUAAUAUUUUAGGUGGUCAUGUUACUUCUUAAAGUCUUCAUUUGAGCUGAGUGGCUGGGACUUUAUCUGAAGUUUUUAAAAUAUUUAUUCACACUGAUGUAUUUCCUUACCAGGUACAAAAUGGCUUGUUGUGAUAUCGUUAGAUUAGGAUUUCUUUUUAUCAGUUUGUAAGACAAAUUUUACAAAGUACCUCCAGCAUUUCUGGGAGGCAUGUACUAGGAAUUACUGUAUCCCUUUUAAAGUAUGAGACUACAAGUCAAUCCAUUAGUCCUGAGCUCUAUGAAAACUUUGUAUGAGACACAUGGUUAAGCCUUCAUUUGUCAUUUAUACAUUUGUUCAACAGCGCCCCUCCCCCAACCAUGAUGAGAAUGCAAUGAAACAAGAGUUAAUUU